AUGCUGGAUCCGGAACAGGGGUCUCUACAGCGGUUAACAACACUCCACUUUAACACCGGGCCCCGCUGCGGCGACUACACACUCUCCAAUCAGCGUGGCCUGUGGGGUACAAAAAUAGCCCCUGCACGGUCGUCAGGCUUGAAGCGCCAGAUCGGCAGCACUGCAUGGGAUGAGGUCGAUCGAGUCAAAAUCUCUGAAGAAAGGCGAUUUUUCUCACCCUUUGACUACAUGGAUGAGAUGGUCAUCAACUUUGAACAGAGUUACGAAAUUACCCCGACCUCUUACGCAGAGUGUGGUGACAAAACAGUGUCCUAG